AUAAACGAGCUGCACAGGUUCUCAGUACAAUACCGGGGACAGCGCACACUCAACAAGAUGAUGCACAUGAUCCUGAACCAAAUGGAAUCGUUAGACAAACAUGUGAAUAUGUUAAUAGACUACAUGUUCGGUGCUAGAGAUCCCAGGGUUAAAGGAUGGCUAAUGCUGGAUUCCUAUUUACCUACGUUCCUCCUUACACUCUUGUACCUAAUCGCUAUAUGGCUGGGAACAAAAUAUAUGAAGGAGAAACCUGCAUUCUCUCUCAGGAUUCACUUAAUAAUAUAUAAUCUUGGAGUAAUGCUUCUGUCUCUCUACAUGUUUAUUGAGCUGGUCCUGGCAAGCUGGGAAGGCAGGUACAACGUGCAGUGUCAAAAUCUCUACAGUGCCAAUGACGCUGACAUUAGGGUGGCAAAGGUGCUUUGGUGGUACUACUUUUCUAAAGCUAUUGAAUUUAUGGACACGUUUUUUUUCGUCUUACGGAAGAAAAAUAGCCAGAUUACAUUUCUUCAUGUAUAUCACCAUGCAACAAUGUUCAACAUCUGGUGGUGCGUCCUUAACUGGAUACCUUGUGGCCAAAGUUUCUUUGGUCCAACAUUGAACAGUUUUAUCCAUGUAUUAAUGUACUCCUAUUAUGGCCUAUCCACCAUUCCAUCCAUGCAGCCUUAUCUUUGGUGGAAGAAAUACCUGACCCAAGCACAGCUGAUACAAUUUGUACUUACAAUUAUCCAUACACUGAGUGCAGUAGUGAAACCAUGUGGAUUCCCACUUGGCUGCUUGUUAUUCCAGUCCUCCUAUAUGGUCACACUGGUCAUCCUGUUCAUAAACUUUUACAGAAAGACUUACAGAAAAUCAGUACAACAGAAUGACAAAGCCGCUUCUGAUCUGAAUGAAAUGAAGAAUGGAUAUUACAAUGGCUAUGCAAAGACCAUUAAAGGCAGCACAUCAAAUAAAAUAGAUUAA